AUGCCCGUAUCCAAGGCGACCAAGAAGUUCCAAAAGAACAACCUCGGCGACGUCAUCAAGCGCCGCAAAGAUGUCGCCAAAGUCAAGCAGAGGAAGCAGAUGGACACGAAGAAGAAGGAGCGCAAGGCCAGAGACAACGAGAAAGCCGCCGACCUAGAAGAGGAAGCCGCCAAGAAGCCAAAGACGAAUGGCGCAAAGGAUGACAAGCUGGGCGAGAUGUCCAUGGACCAAUUCUUCCAGGGCGGUUUCCAAAUUCCCGAGAUGAAAAAGAAGUCGACCAAGCCAAAGACGGGCAAGCGCAAACGCACACCACUCGACGAGGAUGCAACUGAAGGCUCAGAUGAAGACAUGGAAGAUGCGCCAGACGGUGCUGACGAGUCCGGCUCCGAGAGCGACUCAGGCGACGAUGCAGACACACACAAGGAGCAGCUUGCUGGAUUGGCGGAGAAAGACCCCGAGUUCUACAAGUACCUCAAGGAGAACGAUGCGGAACUUUUGGACUUUGCUGAGGACGCCGACCUUGCAGAAAUCGACGCUCUAUCCGCUAGUGAAGACGAGGCCACACCAAGGAAGAAGCAGAAAGCCGCUAUAGACGAUGACGACCAAGAUUCGGGCAACGAGCUCAACCUGAAGACGGUCCAAAAAUGGAAAGCCUCCAUGGAAUCUAAACAUUCCCUGCGCGCCAUGAAGGAGGUGGUUCUGGCUUUCCGCGCCGCCUCACACAUGAACGACUCUGAGACUUCCAAAACAUACAAGUACUCCAUAACCGACCCAGAGGUAUAUCACCAAGUUCAAGUGACCACUCUUCACCUAGUACCAAAGGUUCUCCAACAUCACUUGCCCGUCAAGGAGAGCGCCGGUGGCAGAAUUCGCGUUCCUACCGACUCGAAGAAGUUCCGCACCCUUACGCCUCUCCUCAAGUCGCAUACCGUCUCGAUACAUCACCUCCUUGAGAACCUAUCAGAUGGCAAGACCCUUCAGAUGACAUUGGACUCGCUCUCCAACAUGCUUCCAUACAUUCUGUCCUUCAAGAAGGUCGUUCGUGAGGUUAUUCGUUCUGUCGCAUCAGUCUGGUCCGACAGCGCCAACAAUGACGGAACAAGAGUGUCGGCCUUUUUAGUUCUGCGACGCCUGGUAGUUAUCGCAGACCCAAGUAUCCGUGAGGCAGUCUUGAAGCAGGUAUACCAAGGUCUCGUCAAGAGUGCAAGGAACACCACAAUCCACAACAUCCAGGGUAUCAACCUGAUGAAGAACACCGCGGCCGAGCUAUGGGGUAUCGAUCCUACUGUUGGCUACACCACCGGUUUUGGCUUUAUCCGUCAGCUCGCGAUACAUUUGCGCACGAGCAUCACCAACAAGACGAAAGACUCAUACAAGACAGUAUACAACUGGCAGUACGUACACUCGCUAGACUUCUGGUCACGAGUCAUCUCGAUGCACUGCGAAUCCCUCAGGGAAGCAGAGUCUGGCAAACCAUCGCCAUUACGGCCCCUCAUCUACCCCGUCGUUCAGGUCACACUCGGCGCCAUGCGCCUCAUCCCAACGUCGCAAUACUUCCCUCUCCGUUUCCAGCUCAUCCGAUCGCUCCUCCGUAUUGCCCAAGCGACAUCGACCUACAUACCCCUCGCGCCUGCCCUCGUCGAAGUCCUCAACACCGCAGAGAUGAAGAAGCCCCCGAAGCCCAGCACACUGAAAGCCCUCGACUUCAGCAUCAACAUUCGCGCAUCAAAAGCCUUCCUCCGAACGCGCAUCUACCAAGACGGUAUCGGUGAGCAGGUCGCCGAGCUCCUAGCCGAGUUCUUCGUUCUCUGGACCAAGAACAUUGCUUUCCCUGAACUUGCACUUCCUGUCAUCGUUAUGCUCAAGCGUUGGGUCAAGGCCAUCACCAAGAAGAGCAGCGGAAACAAGAACACCAAGGUAUCUUCCCUUAUCGCACUUCUCGUCCAGAAGCUGGAAGCAAACUCCCGAUGGGUCGAAGAGAAGCGCAACAAGGUCGAAUUCGCGCCCAACAACCGUGCGGGUGUAGAGGGCUUCUUGAAGGAUGUGGAAUGGGACAAGAGCCCGCUAGGUGCGUUUGUGGCUGGACAAAGAAAGAGUAGGGAGCAAAAGCAGAAGUUGCUCGAGGAAGCAAGGAAAACGGAGGACAGGAAGAGGAAGGAGUCUGACAAGCACGAGAGGAGCAAUGGUGAGGUGUUUGCCGCAGAUGAAGAUGACGAAGAAGACGAGGACGUUGAGCUCGAUGGCUUGAGCGACGAAGACCUGGAGAUGGACGACGAUGAGGAGAGUGACGAUGAGUAG